CGGAGGGGAAAUUAGGAAAAAGCAAAAGAAAAGUCUUAUCUAUCUCUUUCUCUCUCUAACUCUCUCUUUCAGUUUGCGUCUGCAAACAACCUCGCUCGGCAAAAAAAUAAAGGAAAAAAAUUGCGAUAAAAGGUACGUACGAUCUAACAGGAGCUCUACACUUCUACAGUUCUGAUGUUCAUCUCUCUUCUCCAUCCUUAAACGGUAUAAAAAUCUUGGUCAUGGAAGAUAUAAGAAGCAAAGGAAAAAAAGAAAGAAAAAAAUAGGGAUAUAAUGAGGUGAUUCAAGGGACGGUUGAAGGAAUGAAUCAUUUCUAGGUUCUGUGCUCAUAAAUCAAAACCCUAGCUACUAUUUCCUGCUUCGAUUUUCAUUCCUCCAGAGACCGAUUGUUCUAUAUUUAUGAUGGGUUUUUUAAAUCUCUCCCCCUCUCUCAUGCUCUGUCUUGGAUUUUUUUCCCCAUCCAGUGUUGUUUCCAUGCGAAGCUAAGUAAGUAUUUUUUCCCCAUAGUGAAGGAUAUAGCCUAUAGGGAGGCGUUCAUCUGGGAGAGAUCUCUGAUUGUGGAGACUUUGUCCAUUUGGAAAAUCAAAAUGGUGACUGAGAUGGGUAGUUAGAGAUUGCUUUUGGAGAAACAUGGGGACUAGCAACGAGAGAAAAACGAAAGCAAUAGAUGCGUCAGUCGGUGGCCUGGUUUGGGUUAGGCGUCGAAAUGGGUCUUGGUGGCCUGGCCGGAUAAUGGGUCUCGAUGAAUUGCCAGAAAGUUGCUUGGUUUCGCCGAGAUCGGGGACUCCUGUGAAGCUCCUGGGAAGAGAGGACGCUAGCGUGGAUUGGUAUAAUCUUGAAAAGUCCAAGAGGGUGAAAGCAUUUCAUUGUGGGGAGUAUGAUGAGUGCAUUGAAAAAGCCAAGGCUUCUGCAGAUAAUCUUAGCAAGAAAGUUGUGAAAUAUGCUCGUCGGGAGGAUGCCAUUCUUCAUGCUCUUGAACUUGAAAGUGCUUGCCAAGUGAACAAAGAACAGGAUUUUCACUCCCAAAAGGAUGGAUCGGCUAGUAUGGAACAUGAUUACUGGGUUGGACAAUCACAAAAGAUGUUUGGUCUGCGCAAAGAAAAUGAGUUUGUGGCGGGGAAAGUGAGUAUUGCUGAAGGAAGUUCAACACAAGAAUUGUCUCAAUCUGGUGUAUCGUUUGAAAAUCCAAAUCACAUCAGUGGCUCUAAGUUGUACUCAAUGCAGAAAAAGAGACAAAAAACCCCCAAUGAUUCGGAAGAUGAUGGAACUGAAAGAACGAAGCGUAUGAGAGGUCUUGAAGACCUCGGGAUGGGAGUUGUAUCAAAAAGAAACUCUAGUAUUUGUCACACUGAAGUGUCUCAUGAUCUAGUUCAACUAGAUGGCGCUUCAUUCGGUGAGUCUAAUAUUGGUAGUAGUUUCUCUAAUGGAAGUCCUGUCAAUAGCAGCAGGAAUUGUUGCUUAUCCUUGAGAAAAAGGCGAUCACCGGUGACCAAUGUUUAUGAAAGCUUGAAAAGGAAAAAUCGCCGUCGUCCUCUAACAAAGGUUUUGGAGAGUACAGCCAUGGUGGCUGUUCCUGUUGUUUGUGAUCAAGGUGCUAGUCCCGGUGGAUCAUCUCUUCAAGGACUAACAGACAGUACGGUUUUUGCGCUAGAAUCAACAGAGUCAAAAAAGACUAGUGUUUCAGCGGUAACCAAUAAUAAUUCAGACAGUACUGUGGUUUCGGGUGAGAAGGAAACCUCAUUAAAUGCUUCUGACCACACUUGUGAUGCUGGAGUUGAUGGUUUUCCAUUUCAUUCUGAGAUGAGGGAUAAUGAAUUUUCCAGUGCUUCAGAAUUCCCUGAUAACGAUUGUUCUGACAGCUUAUUUGAUGUGCCAUUUGUUGGGGAGGAAAAACAUACUAAAGGUUUUCCUCCUUUGUUUGCAUCGUUUUCAUCCAGAAAGCUUCAAUCUGGUGCUGAAGCAGGGAAAUCUAAUCCUCAGUCUCAAGUUCAAACCAUAUGCUUAAGAACUGAAGGUCUUGAUGAAUCUGGUUCCACUAGUAUGGCUGCUCAUGUUAAUAAUGCUAGUCAGACGAUAGAAAAAGGUGCAUCGAAGUGGCAGUUGAAAGGGAAGAGAAAUUCAAGAAAACUGAGCAAAAAGGUGAACAAAUAUUUGGACUCAAGGAGACCCAGGGACAGCAAUGAUCAGUCAGAUGCUUAUUUGGUGGGUACACAACAGAUGGAUGAGUUUCCUGCAAGCUAUGGUCGAAAAGUUGACGCUGGCACCUUUGGCAGGUGCCUUACAUCUGACAAUUGCUCCAAACUGGCGAAGUCCAGAUUGGUUCCUGAAGGGCUGGGGGACAGGUCUCAUAAUUGGAGCAGUGAAAUUUCUCAUAAAGAAAGUCAGAUAGGACAGCCCCGUUACUUGGAUUCUAGCAAAUAUAGGAGGUUGAACUUGGGAAGUAAAGAUGUCACAAUCUUGACAACAGAUGGGAAAGGAAGGCAAUCUUUAUCUCAUGAAUCUCUAGUUGGUAAAUCAACAACACAUAUGAGAAGUAAAGAGUCAUUCUUGGCUAGUCGUAUGCCUAUUUCUCCUCUCACAACGCAAAGGUUACUUCCCCAGUUCCAAUCCCAUUUUACACAGUACUCCAGAUAUCAGAUUGCAGAUGCACCCGUUAGAAAUUUUUCUGGUGGUUAUUCCUUAUAUGAUGUAAAGCUGGAUGUGCGGGCUAGCUACCGGGGUCAACAUGUACCUCUGGUUUCACUCAUGAGCAAAUUGGAUGGUAAAGCUAUUAUAGGUCAUCCCAUUACAGUUGAGGUGUUGGACAAUGGUUACAGCGAUAUCCUAAUGAGUAAUUAUGACUGUUGCCCGGCAAGUAGUAGUUGUGAUCCGCAUGAUGCCUCACAAGAAAAUAUGUCGGACCAAUCAACAGAUGUUCCUAAUAAAUCGUUGCUUCUGGAGGGGGAUGAAAGUACUGAUGGUGCUUUGCAAGCUUUUACGAGUAGUCGAGUCCAGACCCAUGUGGAGUAUCCCAGGAAUCCUGUGAAGCAUUUGAAUGACCAACCCACUUUAUCACCUAAAAGGUCUCCCAAGAUUAGGAAGUGUGGGAUUCUGUCUAAGAAGACUCGCAGAUUAUCUUCAUUUGCUGUUACUCAUGAGCCAGGUGAGGACAAGAGGAAACCAGUUGUUGAGAAGCUAAAUGGACCUGACAUUGCUUGUGUUCCCCUGAAGGUUGUGUUCAGUAGGAUAAAUGAAGCUGUUAACUGUUCAUCACGUUCAGCACGUCGCGGCCUAACCUGUAGCAACCCAUGAUGCAAUGACAUUCUCUUAGGGGUCUGGUGCGGCAGGACUUGUGCCUUUUUGGUUUAAAGGGGAUAACGAAUGGAGCCUGGUUUGGGCAUUUUCACACCUAAUCAAUGUGUGCUCGGUAUUUAGCAAUGUACAUGCUGACCGAUGGUAGAAAGAUAUAUUAGUCGUGCUCUCUUCUUGAACUAACUAGAAGACAUUACAUUGUUGUAGAAUGGAACUGGUAGGAGGCACUUCCUUUUUACCCCAGUUGAAUCUUGUCGCGGAUCAUUGUGGUGUAGAAGAACGAGAGUAGGCUGUAGCGUCUUUGUAUAUGAUGUAAUAUUAUUUUCUAGUGUAAAGAUGAUCUGAUUUUUGGAUUUUAGUUGAUGCAAAACAUGAAUUAUGAUCCCAUAUAUGGUUCAACUGGGAAUCAACUCAACUUUGUACCACUUUUGGUUGGCUAUAUAAUAUGACCCAUGAUUCUGAAA